AUGGUUCGCUAUUGCUAGCUUGACAAAAAGGCUCGAAAGCAACCAGAUGGAAUUCAGCACUGCCUUCCUAACAGAUUGCUCACAUUUUAAAUUGUUUUGCACACUUUUUAGCUGGCUGCCCGGCGGACUAACAGGCCUGGCGUGACGGCCGAAGUUCAUCGGGGCGGCUGUGAAAGCGGGUCAGAAGACGUUUAAAACGCAACAUAUUCUUCCUCACUUGACCUGAGAGUGCGUCCAUCAUGCCUCUGUUCGGUAAAUCCCACAAGACUCCGAUGGAGCUCGUCAAGACCUUGAAGGAGAACUUGAACGUGCUGAUUAAGCAGGACAAAAAGACGGACAAGGCAUCCGAGGAGGUGUCAAAGUGUCUGGUGUCCAUGAAGGAGAUCCUGUACGGCAGCAACGACAAGGAGCCGCAAACGGAGACGGUGGCCCAGUUGGCCCAGGAGCUCUACAACAGUGGCCUGCUCAUCACGAUGGUGGAGCACCUGCACGUCAUCGACUUUGAGGGCAAGAAAGACGUGUGUCAGAUCUUUAACAACAUCUUGAGGAGGCAGAUUGGAACCCGGUGUCCCACUGUGGAAUACUUCUGCUCUCAUCAGGAAGUUCUCUUUAUCCUGCUGAACGGGUACGAGGCACCGCAGGUGGCGCUCAACUGCGGCAUCAUGCUGAGGGAGUGCAUCCGCCACGAGCCGCUCGCCAAGGGAGUUCUUUAUUCGUCUCACUUCCAAAAAUUCUUCAGCUACGUGGAAAUGUCCACCUUCGACAUCGCCUCCGACGCCUUCGCCACCUUCAAGGAUCUGCUGACGAGGCACAAAGUCCUGGUGGCGGUAUUUCUGGACCAGAACUACGAUGCCGUGUUCACGGGCUACGAGAAGCUGCUGCACUCUGAGAACUACGUCACCAAGAGGCAGUCUCUAAAGCUUUUGGGCGAGCUGCUGUUGGACCGACACAACUUCACGGUGAUGACGCGCUACAUCAGCAAGCCGGAGAACCUCAAGAUGAUGAUGAACCUGCUCAGACAUAAAAGUGGCAACAUCCAGUUUGAGGCCUUCCACGUCUUCAAGGUGUUUGUCGCCAACCCCAACAAGAAGCAGCCCAUCAUCGACAUCCUCCUCAAGAACCAGACCAAACUGAUCGACUUCCUGAACCUCUUCCAGAAGGACCGCUCGGACGACGAGCAGUUCAACGACGAGAAGACCUACUUAAUCAAACAGAUCAGGGAUCUCAAGAAACCUGCUUCUUAGAGCACACCUGUUUAAAAAAAAACAAAAAAAAACACUAACUAUUCAAACAAAAUCAACAUAUUUGUUCUUUUGCUCCACUAAAAACGAGUGCAAGAAUAGACGUCAAUCACUUCGUAUUUCACGUUUGCUCGUUAGCAUGUAGCUCUGAUGGUCCAACACCAAACUUUAUUAAUCAAGUCGAUCAAAUCCUUUUGUGGAACGACGUCGCUGCACAUUCUGCUUACAUGAACACCAGAAGUGUUUCCAGCUUUCACGUGUGGGCGUCGUCUUACUAAACGUACGCCAAACGCUGCCAACAAGAAAGUGAUCGACUCUUGAUUUGCAAAGGAAAAAGCCUUUUAAUUGGGCUGACCAUUAAUUAACAUCACUGAUUCUUCUUGCCACGCCUCAGCACUUUCUGUAUUUAAAUCAUUUAUUAAGGUUUUUUUUUUCCCCCCAUCAAUGUUCUGUGUUGAAUUCGUUUAUUAGAUGGUGCGGAAAGAAAGUGAGUGAAGUUGUUUUUUUCUUAUGAUUUAGAUGAUUUUGUUCAAGUUGAGUGAAAAAUUCAGAAGUGCCAUUUUUAGUUUGCAGUGGGGUUUUUUUUUUGUGUUUGUCUUUCAAGGGGGAAGCGUCAUUCUCAAGACAAUCUGUGCAAUUAUCUCCUUUUUAGCUGAGUUUACCACGAUUAAAUCUAGUUGAGGCUUGCUCAGUAACAAAUGAAACAUGAAGUGGACAAAAUGUGCAAAAGAAGUGAAGUGUUAAAAAAAAAAAAAGCUAAGCUUUAAGAACUCAAGUUUAUAGGCCAGCGGAUGUUUCAUCACUUUCAUGCCCAAAACAUGAAACAUUAUCUCCCCACUGCACACUCCUUACUGUACACAACACUGAGAAUCAAUAAAAAGAUGGGAACUCAACAA